AUGGCCCGCCCGUCCGCUUCCUAUGACCCCCUCCUCGACGUGUCCAAAGAAUUCACAGUCCUCCCAGCAAACAGGUCAUACAAGCACCAGUAUGCCAACAUCUACUUUGUCAGGCUCGUCGAGCAGCGGCCCACAGUAGAGAAGAGGGCGAUGGAAAAGUGGAAGAAGGUCAAGGGCAAUCCACCGCUCUUGCCGCGUAUCCUCAAUCUGACGCGGUCACAACUGUGCUACAUUGUCGGCACGGUCUAUAUGGAAAUGCCCCUCAAACCAAAUAUUCUCGAAGACAUGGCCAGAGACCACUGGCUCGCCCCGCCUAUAGCACGCAAAAAGUUCUUCUCGGCCCAAGACGCCAUCCACCUCGAAGACGAAUCUGGCCGCGUGCGCCUGAUAGGCGAUGUCAUCCAGAGAGAACGCGAUAGAGAAGGGGGAGGGAUUGUCACGGGUGUGAUCAUGGGUGUUUUGGGAAUGGAGAAUUCGCAAGGAGAUUUCGAGGUGGUGGAUGUCUGUUUCUCGGGGCUGCCUGACAAGUUGGCGGUGAAGAAGGAAGGUAAGAGUAAGGGGAAAGCCAAGGACGAGGAUGCGGACAUGGCAGAUGACAUUCCCAAAUCCGAAAAGACAUGGGUCGCUCUGGCGUCUGGCUUAUCUGUCGGUUCGCAAGAUAGCCCAUCAGACCUGAAAGCAGAGUUGUUGGUGGAAUGGCUUAUGGGAGAAGCUGGAGGGGAAGAUGAUCGCCUAGCUGGUUCUCGAAUAGCGCGUUUAGUGCUCGUCGGCAACUCCUUGACAACUCCUGUGAAGGGCGAAGACGACAAGAAAGUCACCAAAUUCUCAACCUCCAGCAAACCCCAAUUCCCCAAUCACCCUACCAAAUCCCUCUCCGCCCUCCUGCAUGACCUUCUCUCUACUUCUCUUCCAAUCAACCUCAUCCCGGGACCCUCCGAUCCUGCAGGUGCCACAUUACCACAACAGCCUCUUCCCAGAAUCCUCUUCGGCGGCAAGGCCAAGACGGAAGGCUUGGAGUGCGAGACCAACCCGACCUGGAUGGAAGUGGGUGGGAAGAGUAUACUAGCACUUGGUGGUCAAACGAUAGAUGAUAUCUUCAAAUACCUUCCUGGUGAUUCUCGUCUGGCGAUGGCCAAGCGGACUCUGGAAUGGCGGCAUAUCGCACCCACAGCGCCUGAUACCCUAUGGAUCUACCCCUUCCCAGAUGCCGACCCUUUCAUCCUGAAACAUCGACCAGACUUCUAUGUCAUUGGGAAUCAACCAGAGUUUGAGACUACUGUUGUUGGAGACGACGACCCAACUCGGAUCAUUCUCCUCCCAUCCUUUGCCAAAACGGGCACCCUUGCACUCGUCUGCCUUGAAACUGGCGAGUGCAAGACACUCGAGUUUGAAGUACCGCAAUGGGCAGGGCAGACUGCCGGUAAUGUGCCGGAAAGUCAGGGAAGGACGCAGAGUCAGAGUUAG